AUGUAUAAAGUGACAAUAUUAUUUGCAAUCCUUGGAUGUGUGUGUGGAAAAGUGUGUGAUGUGAAUGAUACUGUAGACAUUACAGGCGGUCGUUCAACGGGAAGCAGAAUAGCAUACCGUGGCAUAAUCUUUGAAAAAUAUUUUAAUGAAGAUGGUAAAGUGAAAGCUUGUCUCGUACCAAAAGGCUUGAUUGUAUCAAAGUGUUGUCCAGCGGGGGCAGCUUACGAUAGCGAGAACUCCGCUUGUGAGAAUGUCACAAGUGAAAAUAAAAAGCGAAGCCCCCUCGUGUAUGUCGAGAAAAUAUUCAAUUUUAAAUUUGGGAAACCAGACUGUAGUGCAGGUGAUGCAAAAGUGCGGAUCACUGCUGGACACGUUUACGAUAUAUUUAAUAUUGGAGAGGAUGGAAAGCUGUAUGUGGAAAUCCCGACCAGUGUGAAACCAUGGACUGUCUUCACGCCAGAUAUGUAUUGUAUCGACAGUUUCGUGAGUGAGGAAGAUGGGAAACAAAUUAGUAGAUUAGACGCAUUAGUUUGCUUUGAUCCGCAGCCAGAUGAAGAGAAUUACAUUCCAGGAAUAAUAUGUAUGUUGAUAUCAUGCGUAUUCAUCAUCGUCACUGUGGCGGUAUACUACUGCCUUCCAGAGCUAUGCAACCUUCACGGAAAGGUUCUUAUAGCCUAUCUCCUCAGUCUUUUCGUUGGCUUCAUCUUCCUCUCGACCAUGCAGAUUCUUCUCAGCAUAGAUAACAUUUCGCGGGAAUAUUGUAUGACGUUUACCUUUAUCAUCUACUACUUCAUCCUGGCAGCAUUUUUCUGGUUAAAUGUCAUGUCGUUCGACAUCUGGUGGACGUUCAGCGGCAACCGAGGAAUUUCUAUUGAAAGAAUGUCAGUGAAAUCCAGAUUCAGAGCAUACUCGAUGUACGCGUUUGGAGUCCCCGCGCUGUUCACAGCAUUGGUUGCUGGUUUGGAGUUCUCACAUCUGCCACUGAACUGGUAUCUGCCCCUGUUAAGACAGCAAGGAUGUUUCAUAAGUGGAAAGAGCAAACUCAUAUAUUUGUACGGGCCGAUGGUAAUCCUUUGCGUUGCGAACUUGGUAUUUUUCAUCUUGACUGCGUUGAAAAUUCGGGAAAUAAAGGAACAGACUGCUGUACUGAAGUCCAGGGAGAGUGCUACACACGACAAACAUAAUAAAGACAAACAAAGGUUGCUGCUGUAUGUUAAGCUCUUCAUCGUAAUGGGUAUUAACUGGGUGCUAGAAGUGAUCAGCGCUUUGUAUCCUAAGGCUAACAGUAUAUGGAAGUUCACAGACGCCUACAAUGUCCUGGUGGGUCUGAUCAUCUUCAUUCUCUUCGUGUGCAAGAAGAAAAUAUUCCGGCUACUAAAGAACAGGAUCAAAGAGAAAGUUCACAGAAGAGAUACAGAAUUAAGAAGUACGGUCCGGACUGUUGGAAGUCGAAGCAACAUAAACAUGGAUCAAAAAAGAACAAGCUUAGAAUCUAUAAGAACCUCUAAUGGAGGUGUACAAACUACUGUUAUAUAA